GGAUGGUGCGAGCAGAGAAAGCCUGCCAGAAGCCCAGAGUUCUGCAGGCAGAGCAGACUGCACCUGAAGACUGGCUCGUGGAGGGAGGGGCUGCGCAGGGCGAACGGAGCUCCCGCGGCCGGGGGGCGCGCGGCAGCGCGGGGAUUGGAGGGCGCUCGCGGGUCCCGCGCGCUUCUUAGGCGGAGCGGUGGAGCAGAGCUUGUGCGCACGACCCCAGCCCUUCGCUUGGUCCUCAGCAGAGCGCUCAGCUGCUCCACCGCGUUCCGCCGCCUGGGGUGAGCACCCCAAAGCAUGAGCGUGCCCUCAACACUGCCCCCCGGGGGCGAGGACACCACCUGGACCCCCGGAACCAACGCCAGCAGCUCUCCGGACGACGAGGAGGAUGCGGUGCGGUCCGACGGCACGGGGAAAGCGGGUAUGGUCACCAUCCAGUGCAUAUAUGCUCUGGUGUGCCUGGUGGGCCUGGUGGGCAACGCCCUGGUCAUCUUCGUGAUCCUGCGCUAUGCCAAGAUGAAGACAGCCACCAACAUCUACCUGCUCAACCUUGCGGUCGCUGAUGAACUCUUCAUGCUGAGCGUGCCAUUCGUAGCCUCAGCGGCUGCCCUGCGCCACUGGCCCUUCGGUGCGGUGCUGUGCCGCGCAGUGCUUAGCGUGGACGGCCUUAACAUGUUCACCAGUGUCUUCUGCCUCACCGUGCUCAGCGUGGACCGCUAUGUGGCUGUAGUGCACCCUUUGCGCGCCGCCACCUACCGGCGGCCCAGCGUGGCCAAGUUAAUCAACCUGGGAGUAUGGCUAGCAUCCUUGCUGGUCACACUGCCCAUUGCAGUCUUUGCUGAUACCAGGCCAGCUCGUGGGGGCGAGGCAGUGGCUUGUAACCUGCACUGGCCUCACCCAGCCUGGUCUGCGGUCUUCGUUAUCUAUACUUUUUUGUUGGGUUUCCUACUCCCAGUUCUGGCCAUUGGUCUAUGCUACCUGCUUAUUGUGGGCAAAAUGCGUGCAGUGGCCCUGCGGGCUGGUUGGCAACAACGGAGACGCUCAGAGAAAAAGAUCACGAGGCUUGUGCUGAUGGUGGUGACCGUCUUUGUGCUGUGCUGGAUGCCCUUUUAUGUGGUGCAGCUUCUGAAUCUGUUUGUCACCAGUCUUGAUGCCACGGUCAACCAUGUGUCCCUCAUCCUCAGCUAUGCCAACAGCUGUGCCAACCCCAUUCUCUAUGGCUUCCUCUCUGACAACUUCCGGCGCUCUUUCCAGCGGGUUCUGUGCCUGCGCUGCUGUCUCCUGGAAACGACUGGAGGUGCCGAGGAAGAGCCCCUGGACUAUUAUGCCACUGCUCUCAAAAGCAGAGGGGGCCCAGGAUGUAUAUGCCCUCCACUGCCCUGCCAGCAGGAGCCCAUGCAAGCAGAGCCUGGCUGCAAGCAAGUCCCUUUCACCAAGACUACUACUUUCUGAAAACCAUCUCACCCUCCCUCAGCUCACCUGCAAGCAGGUCACACCACCUUCUCGGCUCAGCAACUUCAAGAACAUCUUGUUUCACUAAGCCAGCCCCUUUCUGUUCUGUCACCAGGAGCCUCAGGACUCCUAGAGCCCCUCUCUUAAGACUGGUUUCAAGACACCUCUAUGGGGGUAGGACUCCUCUGGGAACUGGGUUAGAGUACCAGCCAUUCCUGAACCUCUGGCAACUUUUCAUGGGGUGAGAAACAGGAGGUGGUCAGAAAGGAAUGCCUACCCUUGUGUGACAGUGAUCGCUUGGAAGAGCCCUGGGAGGUAGGCAGAGCCCCUUCUCCCUGCAGGCUCUUUACCUUAUGGUAGUAGGGUAGUUGUACAUGGUGAGACAGGAGAAUGUAGCAUACCUCCAAGUGCUUUCCCUCUGUGUCUCGUUGAAACUCUCCUUGCUGAGU